AUGAAGCAAUGCAGAGCAUAUUCUGGUGCUGAUAUCGAUAGUGACUACAACUUAAUCGUACUAGUGGCAAAACUUAAAUUAAAAACUCUCAAGAAAAAUAAAAUACAAAACAGAUUGAAUUUAGAUAAAUUGAAGCAAGAAGACAUCAGAACAAAGUUUGCUAUAGAAUGUAAUAAUGCAAUAAACAAUCACUGGCAAGAUGGUAAUAACAGUAUGGAGAAUAAAUAGAACAAACUCAAAUAGACGUCAAAGAAAAUGUUAACAAUAUUUUAGGCGUUAAAAGGAAGAACCAAUGGAUAACAGAAGAAAUCAUAACAUUAAUGGAGCAGAGGAGAAAGUUUAAAAAUUCUAAUAUUACUAGUAACCGGCAUAAUUAUAAUAAACUUAAGAAUUUAAUGCAGCGAAAAAUAAAAAUGACUAAAUGGCAUGAAUUCAUGUCAAGAAAUUGGAAAAUAUAUUAAACAAGGACAGAUCUAGCAUUCACACAAAUACGAAAAUUCUUUCAAGAAGAGAGUAAAAAGGUAUAAAUACCUUGAUGAGCAGAGAUGGAAAAAUACUCAUGUGAACAGAACAGAAAGUAAAACGAUGGAAGGAAUAUGUGGAAGAAUUAUACAACGGAAAUCUGAAUGAAAGCGUGCUGGAAAAGGAAGAAAUUGUAAAAAAAGACGAUAAAGGUGAGUAA